GUGGGGCCGGUGUGGGCACAGCCCUGGUUUACACCCCCCCGAUGUGUCACAACCUGCCCGUUCUCAACAGCUACACUGGCGGGGGGGGGCCGGGGACUGGGGAGGGUGAGUGACCAUGGCCGGGUCCCACUCGGUGCCCUGACACCAAGGUGAUGGGCUGUGGGUGCUGCCCGGCCGGGGUGCUGUUCCUGGCGUAGCUGGGUCACCCUGGGGCUGGAUCCUGCCUUGUGGCCUUGGCGAGGCUGUGAAUGGGGACAGCGCUGCGGUGACGCAAUCCUGCAGGCUCAGAGCAUCCAUAAGCACCCGGGGGGGGGUGCUGAGCGCCGCGUUUCGGGGGGCUGGCAGCUGCCGUCGCGGGCUCUGCUCCUCGCUGCGGGCAGGAAGGGCCGCCCGGCUGCUGCAGACUUUGGACCCAUCCGGUGUCGCUGGCACGGAGGCAGAGGAAGGGGACUUUUCCUGUUUGCCGGCGCGGUGGGGUCAGGCGAAACGUGGCCUUGCCUCGGUGCAGCCGCUCGCUUCUCCCCAGUGCCAGCGUGGGGACUCUCCGGUGGCUGAUACACGGUUGUGCUCAGGCCCUUCGCGGGCGGGCGAGGUUUGUGCCUGCCGCCGGGUGCUUUAGCAGCAAAAGAGUUGUCUGUCUUUGGCGCAAGGAGGAGAGCACCCACUUUGGGGUGAACCCCCCCUUUUCCACACCGCCUUUGGCCACGCCAGCCAGGGCCGCGGGGGUUUGGGGCAGAGUCCCCGUUUAUUUUUCCCCCAUCUUCUUUUUGAGCUGGAGCGGAAGAGCUCAACCUCCGUCCCCUUUUCGGGAAGACCAGGAUAUUUUUAGCCGCCCGGCUCAGGGAGUUGGGAUUUGCCGUGGCCGCCUCUGUCCACCCUCCCCCCCAUCCUGCCUCAGCAUCCCUCAUCCGCAACCUGCACCAGGGCAGGGGGCCGCAUCCUGCCCUGACAACAGCUCUUCUGGGUGCCUGUGUGAUGCCUGCGGUCCCCCGGGGGUCUCUGUGCGAUGCCUGUGGUCACCCAGGGGUCCCUGGCUCUCUUUUGGCAACGGGAAGCGGCAGGUUUGGUGUUAAUUCGGGUGUCAGCUCCGCAGGCAUCACCCCUCCCUUCACACCCGCAGCCGGCUGCUCCCCUCCGCGCUGCGCCGCCCUCACCAGGUCCAUGGAGUGACCCCGUGGGGGGGUCCCUGCACCGGCGCAGCCCCCGGCCGCCGGCCCGGCGCUGAGCGAGGCCGCCGCGAACAUGAGCGACUUCUGGCACAAGCUGGGCUGCUGCGUCGUGGAGAAGCCACAGCCGAAGAAGAGGAGGAGACGGAUCGACCGCUCCAUGAUUGGAGAACCCAUGAACUUCGUCCACCUGACGCACAUCGGCUCCGGAGACAUGGCUGCGGGUGAAGGCCUGCCCAUGACUGGUGCUGUCCAGGAGAUGAGAUCCAAGGGUGGACGGGAGCGACAGUGGAACAACUCCCGGGUCUUGUAGCAUAUUCCUGUUUUUUUCAGCCCAAACUUAAACUGCCCGAUCCCCCAACCAGAGAAGAAGCCGAUCUCGAGCGCUUUAACCCUGCGGUAAUUUAUGCAGAGCAAUCCUUGCCUGGCUCCCGGUGGCUUUUGGUCGUCAUCCCCCCUGGCAAAUCCCUCCCCGCUGGAGGCGUGGGGUCAGUGGCGCGGGGGGCAAUGGGCACGGCAGCCCCCGCCUCGUGCCCGACCAGCGGAAGGACGCGUGCCAGGAGCUGCCGGGCACAGCCGGGAUGUGCCAAACCCUCCCGGCUUUCCUUGCUCCGUACCUGUGCCUCGGCGCCGGGCCGCGGUGCCUCGCUUGCGCCGGGGGAUCACGGCGGGGCUGCUCCUGGUGCCGAGGCCGGGUCGGUGCCCUCUCGGGAAGGCGCACAACAGCAAAACUGGGAUUAGACCCUGAUGCUUGUGUCUCGUCAGCAGCGGCUCAGCACCGGCACCAUCCACGAGCCUGUGGUGCCUCCAGCCAGCGGUGCCACCACUGGCAAACUGCCACCUUCCUCCUUUUUUAGGAUAUAUAUAUAUUUUUUAAGCUCAAAAACCCAAGCAGGCAGCCUCUGACGCCUCAGAGGAAGGACUGUGGUGUGCUCCCCUCGCGCUGGGGUCACCACCAGGGUUUCACUGGCACUGGCCGAGGCAGGACGGGGCCUGACCAAGAAGGCGCUGGGGCUCCUGAAUUCGGGCACGGGUGUAUAUAGUUUAAAUAGCGCCAGGAUUCAAUAUGAAAUAGCAAAUGCCGGGCAUCACAGGCGGGUGGCAGAGGCUUUCACCCUGCUCCCUGCCACACCGGGAUGCUCCCGUGAGGAACCGGGCUCUUCCAGCCCCGUGGUGUGCUUGGUGUUGGUGAGUGAGUGCCGAUGCUUGGUCCGGUUUUCCCUCCCCUGGGAAAAACAACCCAUCCUUGAAAUAAACCCCUUGUGCUGGCCCGAG